GACAGCCCGGGGUCCUCAGGAUCAGGACCCCUGUGUGAUUAGCUCUGAAGCUAACUCGAGCUAACAGUGUCAAACAGAGAAACUGAAACAUGGAACAAGUGAAGCUGGAGGAGGAAACGGAGGAGCCCCGAGGAAAAGCAGAGGAGCAGGAGGAGCACAGGAGCCCCGCGGAGGAGGCGCACGGCCCGGGCUGUAAGCUCCUCCGCCUUAAAGAGGAGCCAGAGGAGCCAGAGCUGUGCAUCAAACAGGAGCCCCAAGACUUCCCCUUUCACCUGGUCACUGUCAAAACUGAAGACGAUGAAGAAGAAGAAGACAAGUCCUCUGUGUUCCACCAAAGACCAACUGAGGAGAACAGAGAGGAAACCAACGGAGAGGAGUGUGGAGCGGACCAGAGACCAUACAGCUGUUCAGACCAGAGACCAUACAGCUGUUCAGACAGUGAGGAGCAGACUGACAGCUCUGACGACACCGAUCAUUCUGAAGACUAUAGUCCAGAACAGGCCCCGGUCAAAAGAAGCUACGCUGCCGUACCUCCUGACCCCUCUGCAACUAGAGCCAACAGACCAUACAGCUGUUCAGAGUGUGGGAAGAGUUUUGAGUGGAGGGCGCACUUGGGGGUGCACAUGUUGGGUCACACUGGAGAGCGGCCGCACAAAUGUCCUGUCUGUGAAAAAGCAUUUACUCAAAAAGGAACUCUCACCAAACAUCUGAGAACACAACACCACGUCUGCACUGUUUGUUUGGCUAGUUUCCCUGAUGACGCGAAUCUGACCGCUCACCUGAGGACGCACAUCGAGGACGGGACCCUGGAUGCGUCGGUCCUGAAACUCCUUCGCUGCUCUGAGUGCGGGAAAGCGUUCCGGUGGAAGUCGGAUUUACAGAAACACAUGUUGGUGCACAGCGGAGAGCGGCCACACAAGUGUCCUGUCUGUGAGAAGGAUUUUAAACAUAAAUACAAGCUUCAGAAACACAUGAGAAUCCACUCAGAGGAAAAUCACGGCGAUACAGAGGCGCCAGACCUCAGACCUUUCAGUUGUUCAGAGUGUGGGAUGAGGUUUGCCGACAGGACGUACCUGAGGGUGCACAGUUUGAGUCACUCCGGGGAGCGGCCACACAAAUGUCCCGUGUGUGGGAAGGGUUUCCCGGUGUCGUCCAACCUCAAGAGACACAUGUCGGUGCACACGGGACACAGACCACACAAAUGCCCCUUCUGUCAGAAAGGAUUUAUAGAGAAGUUUUAUUUGGAACAACACAUGAGAAUCCACUCAGGAGAAAAACCUUUUGUCUGUUCCAUUUGUGGGAAAAAUUUUAGGUUAAAAGCAGGACUCGAGAAACACAUGGGAACUCACGCUGCGGACAAACCUUUCGCAUGUUCAGUUUGUGACAAACAUUUCAAAUAUAAAUCUGGUCUCACGCGUCACCUGAGUAUGAAGCACAACUCAAAUAAACCCACAGAGGAGACCCUGCAGGUGUUCACUGCUAAACCCACAGAGGAGACCCUGCAGGUGUUCACUGCUAAACCCACAGAGGAGACCCUGCAGGUGCUCACUGCUAAACCCACAGAGGAGACCCUGCAGGUGCUCACUGCUAAACCCACAGAGCAGAACAGCUGAUGAGAUCAAAUGUGUGUAGAUUGAGAGUUUACCGACCGAGCCUCCUAGGAGAUUGUUCAACAUGUGAAACUAUCACAUUUAGCUUUGAAAACACAGAGCCAUUAACUAUGAUGUCAGAAGGAGGUUUAUUCUUUAUUUAACUGUGUGAAUUUUUUUAUGUAAAAGUGUAAAAAUAUUGAUUAAAUUUAUACAG